CUCAGCCGCCGUCCUUCCCCCGACCCCUUCUUUUCCGGGAAAACUAGGGCGCAAUUAUGCUUUUCAGCUUUGAAUGCGUUUUAGUCACGAUUUCGCGAGGAGGAGGAGGAGGAGGGAGAGGAGGAGGAGGAGGAAGAUGGAGAGUAGUAGGAGGAAACGAGGAGGAAGAGAAGGAGGAGGAGGAGGAGGAGGAGGAGGAGGAGGAGGAGAUGGAGGAGGAGGACAGAGAGGCGAUGGAGGAGGACAAAGAGGAAGAGGAAGACGAGGUGGAAGACGAGGAGGAAAACGAGGAGGAAAACGAGGAGGAAAACGAGGAGAAAAACGAGGAGGAAAACGAGGAGGAAGAGGAUGGGGUGGACGGGGAAGAGGAGGAGGAGGAGGAGGAGGAGGAGGAGGAAGAGGAGGAAGAGAAGGAAGAGUUGGAGGAGGAGGAAGAAGAGGAGGAGGAGGAAGAGGAGGAGGAGGAGGAGGAGGAAGAUGAGGAGGAAGAGGAGGAGGAAGAGGAGGAGGACGACGAAGAAUAGGAGGAGGAGAAAGAGGAGAGGAUGACGAAAGGGAGGAGGACGAAGAAGAGGCGAAGGAGGAGGAGGACAAAGGGGGGGGGGGGGGGGGGGGGGGGGGGGGGGGGGGGGGGGGGGGGGGGGGGGAGAGGGCGCCGAGUCAGGGGAGUGAGAGACAGAUUGUCUCGCCUCAACCCCCCCCCACCCGCUGCGCAACCCCCUAACCCACUUUUUCUUUUUUUUCCCUAAAUCAAUCAAUCAAUCAAUCAAUAAAACAAACAAACAAUC